AUAAAAAUUGAUAAAAUUAAAUCUUUUGACAGAACCGAUACUUAUAGAAUGACAAUAUGACUUGAGACACGAUUUCUCCCUGAAUUAAUUUUUAUUCGCACUGACAUAAAUACAAUACUUGUGCUGACUUUGUCUUCUAAGUGGAUAUGAUAAUUCCUACAAUAUGUCUUCUACUUUGUAUAUAAUUAUGCACCUCAAGAACAGCUGCAUUCUCGAAGUCUCAAGUCCAAUUUAUUCCGUACAUUUAAAUUUCUAAAGGAUUGCUCGUUAGAUUAUCAGCUCGAGUUUAAUUCAGGCUUCAACUCUAAUUAGAAUAUUUUUGUAACUUAAUGAUCGUUGACUUUUUGUCGUUUAUCGGGGAUGAUUUUUCUCAGUCUCAACGUACGUUCACCGAAAGACAAGUUCAGGACGUCCCGAGUUCUGUUCAUGUAUAUGUGAACAGAAUCGCGUGGGCGAGCUGAGCGCGAGCACGAAGAGUCGUUUUGUCGACUACUAGAGAACCAGUACCGGUUUUCAACCGCGGCGCAAAAAGACAAUGCGCGACCUUAACGGAUAUGGUGAGACCAGAUUCUACGCGUCUCGAGGAUGACCGGCUCGAAGAAUGCUGUAAAAAUGCCGUCGUUGCUGGAAGCGCUGGAGCUAAAGUACGGCAGCUCGACGACGGACUGCUCGUUGACGGACGAUGAGGCAGAGUCCGGCUCGCCCAAGGCCGCCCUGUCGGUGAGUAUUUUCAUCCCCAAGAAAUCCCCGCGACACACGGUGCCGGCGCUGUUGGUGCUGCAAGAUUGCGACAUCGAGUCGGCGGGCAAUGACGCCGAGAAGCUCCGUAGCAAAUGCAAAAACGUGGAGGAGCUGGAUCUCGCGCAAAACAAGCUGUCGCAAUGGACAGAGGUCUUCGGCAUUCUGCAGCACAUGCCCAAGAUCAAAUUCGUGAAUCUGAGCUUCAACUGCCUCGCGGAGGUGCUCGAGAUCAAGCACGGCAACUAUGAUCUCCUGAGGAAUCUUGUGCUGAACGGCACCAGAGUGUCCUGGUCGACGGUGCAGGGAUUGGUGCGGCUUUUGCACAAUCUGGAGGAGCUCCAUUUGUCUUUGAAUGAGUACAAGACGGUGGAUCUGGAUUAUCAGAAACCGGAGAACGUGAACCCAGCGCUGAAGAAGCUGCACUUCACUGGUAAUCCGGUGGAAAUCUGGAACGAGAUCUCAAAGUUAGGGUAUCUGUUUCCAAAUCUUAAGAGCCUAGUCCUCGCCGAGUGCCCGAUCAGAUCGUUCGCUCUGGAGGAAAAUCGGAACUUGCCGAGCGAGGACAGCCGUCGGGCGAAGGAGGAGGAUCACGAACAGGACAGCGAGAACAUGAAUCAUUUAGAUGCGGAUGAACACACGUCGUCGACAGACGAGACGGGAAAUAGAAUAUUUGAGAACAAGGUCAACUACGACAGAUCCGAGUCGGAAUCGGAGUCUAGCGGAACGACGAUUAAGUCGCCACACGAUCCCUUCAGGAUGCUAAGGUUCUUGAACGUGAACGGCACGCUGUUAUCGACUUGGGACGAAGUGGAAAGGCUCGCUAGAUUUCCCGCGCUCAAGUCGCUUAGGAUCCAAGGAUGCCCGCUUUUCGAGAGUCCUCGAGAAUAUACGGAACACGAGAGGCGGCAGCUACUAAUAGCCCGACUGCCAAACGUCGAGACUUUGAAUGGCGGCGGCGUGAUAUCGUCUCAGGAACGCGAGGACGCCGAAAGGGCCUUCAUACGUUAUUACAUGGACAAACCGGAAGCCGAUCGGCCCGAAAGGUAUUCCGAGCUCGUGGCUAUUCACGGAAAGCUGGACCCCUUGGUGAACGUAGAUUUGACACCGGAGAAAAGGGUCAAGGUCACGUUCACUUACGGAGAUCUCGUCGAGGUACGAUCGGUAGAUGUAUAUAGAACAGUUUUCGAACUGAAAACCAAGUUGGAAAGUAUGGUGAAAAUACCUGCCAAUAGAAUGAGGCUUUUCUACGUUGAUCAGGAAAUGAAGGCGCAAUACGGACCGGAGGAAAUGUUGUAUCCGAACAAGCAACUCUAUCGAUACAACAUUAGAAACGGCGAUGAGAUCAUCAUCGACAGCAAAUUGAAUCGAUUCGCGUCAACGUCUUCGGCUACAUCUUCCAUUCGUUCCUGAAGAAGGCUGAGGAGCGAGUCGAGCAGUAUUGAAGAAAUCCGAUAACGCAUCGGACUUUGAUCUCUACUUAUCGCUUGCGACGGUCGAUGAAUCGUAACGAUUCUAUUAUAGAAAUCGAAAAACACCGUGUGCGAUUCUCACACUUGCGUUUAUUAAAACUGCAGAUUUGAGAACCGAAAGUUGUUAUGAACGAAAGGAGGUGUCGAGAUGUUCUCCCGCAUGGAAGUACAUGAACUAAACUUUUAGAAGAAAUAAGAGUUUGCGGAUAUUUGAUGUUGAAUAACAAUGGUCACGUCGCGAGACAUCGUGAAUCGGCAAAAAGUUAAUAACUCUCAUCAAGAACUGAAAUUAUCUAGGACAUUAAAUGUCUCUUCAUAUAAAAGGUAUGUUUAGAUAUUUUCUGAAGAUCAGUACGGAUUAUUGCGAUUAACGCGAAAUCGUCUGACGCGGUUGUAGUCGAUAAUUUCUUCUCUAUAACGAACUCAUCCAUUCGCCUCGGCGUAAAACUGCUACUAACGAGCCUGACGUGUAGAGAACAUCGUGUCGCGCGUGCACACGUGCGCGCGUACACAUAUCUAUAUAAGUAGAUAGCUGUCGAUUUGUAAGUUUCCUUUAACGUAGCGAUUCUCUCGUAUGUCUUAGGAGACAUUAUGUGUAAUGGGGAAAAAAAGCAGGAAUGUACAUAGCGAAUUUCAAUUUCCAGCCAAACUCGAUAUAGCUACGAUACGAGAUAAGGAGAGUUUAUCUUAUUUACUGAUGCUUGAAGCGAGAGUGGUAGAAAGUCCGAUAGAGAAAAGCAAAUUUGGCUCACGCGGAUCGUGCGACGCGCUCGCACGAUCCUUACGACGAUGCCAACGACGACUGUGACGCGCGGCACCGCGCGUUUAGGCCGCCGUGACGAAGAGAAUGAAAUAUUUUUGUAGAUCGCGGGCAGUUAUCCUUAAAGAGUAAGAUUUAUUCGUUCAUGACGAACGCAUUUCGCUGUAUAAGAGUGCGUAACGCACUUGCGCAGCUGUGUUUCCGUCGCGCGCGCGUUCACACGCACGGAUGCGGGAACGCGCGCAAAUCCUCUCUCGCGAGGAUCAUUCAUAAAUGUAAAGUGCGAGGAGACCUCGCGCGUAAUAUUCCAAGUGCUUGAGAGUAGUAAAAUGUGUCGCCGGUUCGCAAGUGUCAUUCAUUAGAUUGUCAUUCUGACAGGUGAUCUCUGUGCUCUCUGAAAGUGAUACUUACAUACGUACUUUUUUUUUCCACGUGAACUCUGCGCGAAAUCAAAAUGCACAAGCGUCACUAUGCUCGUACAUUUCUUUUCUCUAUCUUGAAUGAUUUAAAAUUCGCGAGAUUACGCAAGAAUGACGUAAAACCUGCGUUGCCAUCAUCUAUUCUCGACAUGUACUUAAGUCGCAAGUUUAAUAACUUCAAUUCAAUACCUUUAAUUGAUAUUAAAGCUCUUUCGAAGGUGUUGAAUUGCACGCGGUAUGAAUAAAUGAUUGCAAUCGUUGCGUCGCGAAACGAACGAACGGAGAUCACAAGAUAUUGGUAAUAAGAACGCCGAUAUAAAUUGCAAAUGUGAUAACGAAGGCACUUUUGAUUCCGUUUACGUAUGCGCAUAAUUUCUAUGCUUGGUGUUCACAAACACCUCGAUUCUCUCGAAAGUAUAUUUUUUCCCCGAAUGCUAUCAGCACAUCUCGUUGCAUUUACAGCUUAUCCCCGAUUUAAACCCGAUUUACGGCACGGACGAGCUUGCGAAAAGAAGUUAAGUAGAAACGUUGCGUUGCGUCGCUUUGUCCUCGAAAUCCGUCGGCGCCGCGUUGGGGAAACAAAGCGGACGGUAUAUAUCAAGUUUCGGUUUCUUCGCUCACAAGCAACGAAGCUUGACGAGUCACUUAGUGCCUGCCUUUUACGUACUAGCGUAAUUUCGAAUACUUCUAACACUGCCCUGUGAAUAAAAGCGUAAUUUGGAAUGAGACUCUCUCAUAUAUGACGAGAAACAGUGACCAAAUUCUUCUUUCAGUACGCUAAAAUCGCAGUUCAUCAAAAUUUAUAUAGCUCACUUUAUUCUCGAUUCAUUCAAAAUUCAUCAGUUAACUUUAUUUUUAAUCUUAAUUUACUCCAAAUUCGUAGUCUUUAAUCAAUAAAAUUUUUAAUCAAUUAGAAAAUUAUAAAGGAUUCGUAAUUUUUUAAUAAAAUAUGAUUAUUUUGUUUGAGUCAGCAAAUGUACAUUUCGGAGUAACGCAAUGAGUAAAAAAAAAA